AAAAAAGGCUUCAAAUAUAUUUGUAUUGAUAUUUGGUGCUUUUACCGGUUCAAUGGAAAUAAUAAAAUACAUCGUAAAUAUGUAUUGUAUAGGAAUAUUCCUUCCUGUGAUGGGAUACAAUAGCAGGAUUCCAUGGUAUCAAAAUGUGUUUAACGACAAGAAUAAUAAUCGUCAAUUGCAAAGAGAUAUGUUGAAUGCAGAGAGAAAAGACGUCCUUGAUUUAAUUGAUACAAUCAAAGUUUUAAAAUUCACUCAAUACAUGGAUGGUAAGAAGAACGGUAAACGUAAUUGGGACCAGUUUGCUGCUGCUGAAAAGGAAGACGAUUAUCUGGACAGUGAAAGUGAAAGAUGUCUGAAACUAUAUGAUAAUUUUGAUACAAAAUGUCGAGUAGUGGAAUUAUAGGGCUACGACAGAGAUGUGUAACUUUUAAUCCCAUAAAGAUAAAUAGAAUAGAGUUUAGAAUAUAAUUUUGUAGAUAGGAUAAAUGAAACUAUAUUUUUUGGGAGAACUCAUCCUUUAUGUUUAUCAAUAAUCUGUGCAUAUUUUGCAGUUCUCAUAGCCACAAUCCCAUAUCUUUUCCUUUAUUAUGACUUCAGUCAACGCAGAAUGUUAAGAACAACGUCUUUCCCCUAAUUGUUGUAUGUAGUUUUAGAAUUGAAAUGCUUCAUUAUUGCUUUCUCAAUGACUUCCACCCAACACAUUCUCUUAUUAAAAUUUUAAAAGUUGCAA